UGAGCCAAUAUUUCAUGUACAAAGUGAAACAUAUAACUACACAACAUGAUGUACAUUUCACAUAAUAUAUCAACCUGAGUGGACAGAUGUAUUCCAAUUUGGAGUACAUAUACAUUCCAUAUGCAUUCUUUGUGAUUCUGCAUACCACUUUGGCAUUCAAAUUCAGUUGCUGCAGACACGAACUCAAUGCUGCAACUAUCAUACUAAACACCAUAAUGUAUAUGGCCACAAAUAAUUUUUGCUCGUUAAAUCAUACCACUAAAUCUUCCAAGUAAAAGUCCUAGGUGCUAACGAAAAGUGAUUAAAUUUGAGUUGAGCUUCAUAUAAAGUAACAGUUAGAUUGUGACAAUAUAAAUCAAAAUUAAAUUUGUCCAACAGUACCAAAUUCAUAAAAAUUAAUUGAGUAGUUUUCCAGACACUACACAGAAAGCACAAUGAAAUGAUACAGUGUGAAGUCUACAUCAUUCCAUUUGAAAUAGGUAUGAAAUCAAUAGUAAAUUCUCAGAUGCAGUCAAGACUUCCACACCGGCAAUCACCUCCAGGGACAGAGUCCCACAUGGCACAGUCAGUGAUCCUUUGUCCUCAGAAAUUACACUUAUCUACAAUGAACAGCAGCAAAACAAGUUUGGGUACACAAGUCUUCAAAGUAAUGUGACAGGAGACAAACUGAACUCAAUGAAUAAACUGCAGAACAUUCACAACUAUACACCAGUACAUCAAACCACUAACUUACAGAAACCAACGGAACACAUUAACAUCACCCCAGAAAGAAGUAUCAGCAAUUAUCAGGCAGCCGUUAGCAACAGCGGUCAACAUAAUGUAAACUACGUGAACUCUGGUUCUUCACUUGGAAACAGAAUUGCAAGCAGUAAAAAUAUUUAUGACACAGUGGUAAAUUUUAAUCAAGCUGACCAGCAUGUAAAUAACAGUGACACUUCUAAACGGACACAAGUAAAAAACUUCAGUUUUAAUGAGCAUAUGGAUCUAGGAGAAACUGAAUAUAAAAUGAAACGCAUAACAACCAGCAAUAAUAAAAAUGAAGAAGCCAGAACUGAGAUGGAGAACUUUAAACAUGGAUUAAAAUACCCAUCAAUAACAUAUGAAGACAAUGUUGCAAGUGAAACAGGAAACACAUAUAAUGUUGCAGGUUACAUGAACAAAAGACCAACACAAGACAGUGUGGAGAUCAUUAACAGUGGAAGAGACGUGUUCUUAAACCACAAAGACCACGCAUACAUGUCAGUACAAGGUGAAGAUCACAAUGCAAAAGUCAGACUGCAAACCUCAUCAUAUGAAUCGCCAAGAGGUUUAUACAGGCCCUUUUCCUCACCUAGCAGACCUCCUAUCUCUCAAUACAAGCACAUACCACCAAGACCAUUUUAUAUCCCUGCAGACACGGAUUCCCAUGAUUUGGAUACUUCAUAUUACGGCUUAUCAUUCAACAGCCCACACAAGUCACCAAGCACAUCAUACAUAUCAAAACCCACAGAUUCCAUUGGAUCAGCAAGUAUACCUUACAGUUCAGUAGCCAGUGGUCCAUUUUGGCCACCCACUGUAACAUAUGUUUCACCAUCCCGAAAACCACCCAGUAUAUUUCAUGGCCCACCACUUAGGAAACCACCCAUUGCAGCACAUGAAUCACCACCAUACAAAAUGAGCCCAUCAUUUAGCCUCCCAUCCAUUGAUUUACAUCAGUUACCAAGCACAAUGUAUUACUCACAGCUAAGCCCUUCAUAUGGAUCAGCACCACAAAAGAUACCUAAACUCCCAUACAACACACAACCCAGUAACCUUCAUGGGUUACUUACUUCAUCUUACAGCUCAACACCACAUGGCUCAAGGCCACCCAGUAUAUCAGGACCAUCCAGACCACCAUAUAGCUCACCACCCAAAAAGUCACCCAUUCCUGCAUAUCAUUUCCCAUCUGGUGAUUUAUAUGAGUCGCCAACUUCACCUCAUAGCUCAUUACCACAUUCCUCAAGACCACCCAUAUCAGAAACCUUACCAUCUCAUAAGUCACACAGGCCAUCAAAUGGUUCACCUCAGAAGUCACAUGGCCCUUCACAAUCUAGUGAGUUGUAUGACUCACCGAUUUCAUCUCAUAACCAAAGCCCACACAAAUCAGAUAGUUCAACAAGGUUGUCACACAGACCAUCACAUGGCUCACCACUGCAAAUAUCACUUAGGCCCUUAUCUGAGUCACAAUCCAGUGAGUUAUAUGAGCCACCAAUUUCACCACACAGCUCAACACAUGACUCAAGGCCACCUAGCAUAUCAGGAAGCACAUCAUACAGGCCAUCCAAACCAUUCCAUGGUUCAACACCAAAAAUAUCCCACAGACCUUCAUAUGGCUCAGAAUCUACCAACUCCUACAAGUCGCCAUCUUUAUCUAAGGGCUCAUCAACACAUUAUUCAAGGCCACCCAUAUCAUCACAUGAUUCACCAGCAAAUAAUUUCCAUAGGCCUUUAUAUGACUCAGAAUCUACUGACUCCUAUGAGUCCCCAUCUUCAUCUUACAGCUCAUCACCACAUGGAUCAAGGCCACCAAGCUUAUCAGAAAAUUCACAAUCAAACAGGCCAUCACAUGGUUCAUCAUCCAGUGAUUCACACUGGUCACAUACCUCAAUUUCUGACACACCCUCUGGUGAUUCAACUAGCACUUCCAAUGGCUUACCAUCUAAUUUAAUUUAUAAAGCACCAUCCAGUACAUUUCAUGGAUCUCUGAGUUCUGAUGAGGGGGUUCCUGUGGGUGCCACACACACAUUUGUGAAGACGGAUCAUCAUGGCAAUGUCAAGUGGGGAGUGCAUCACAGCAUAGACAACAAGUAUGCUGACAGUCAUCACUAAGUACUGCAGUCAUUUGGGCUGGCAGAUGAGGUCAAUGAGGCACGAGUAAGGCGUGAUGGAGGUGGUGGCGGCCAUGGUGUUACUGGACCUGUGCAUACUUUUGUGAAGACAGACAAGCAUGCACACUUCAAAUGGGGUGUGCGCCAUCAUGUUGGUCACCACUAUGCUGGCUAGGGGAGCAUAAUAGGCUAGAUACCAAAGGACGCAGAUAAUAUUCAACAGUGUUUAAAAUUUUAGGAACACUUUCUGCUUAUUUUAAAUUCCAGAGUUGAUGAAUGUUCAACAUAAUGUGGAAUUUACUAAAUUACCAGCAUGAUUACAUCCUUCAGUAAUUUAUAACAGUGUGAAGUAAAAUUUCCCUAAUAGAACUUCAUGAGAAAUUGCAUGUUUUCUACUUUCAGACUAUAACUCAUUUCUUCUGUAAUAAAGUGCCUGUCACUUUAAAUGUUACUCAAUAUGGAGGACUUUCUUGCAUGAUACUUUUUAAUUUUAUUUAUAUACAUUAUUAAAUUUGUUAUAUUGUUGUUAUUUUUACACUUGAACUUUCAUAAUAAAUUAUAAUUCAAAGAUGUUUUAACAUUGCUAGAUAUAAUUGCUAUCCCAAAAAAUCUUUUGUCUGUAUACCUGCAGCAGCAAUGAAGACAUCUUGAUGGAAACAUUAAAAUGUGACCACUGACAUGGUAUGACCAACUGUAAUUAUACCUCUCCACUACACAUUAUAUUCAUAUCACAUGACUCAGUCAGUCAAGAGGACCUUGUUUAAAAAAUUGGGCUAUAUCAUUCAAAGGUGAGAAUGUAAUAAAAGUAGAUGAGUUAAGUAUGAUAACCUCUUAAAAAAUUAUGUGUCUAAUAUUCUGAUUCCUCUAAUUUGGAGCCUCUCAGACAAAUUUUAGUACAGAGAAUGAGGAAUUAAUCUUUGUGUGACUCACUUUCAUUGAUUACUGUAAAUUGUUAGGCUAAUUUCUGACUGCAUUUAGUUGUAAUGUAACGUAUUAAUCAUAGCAAAAAAUAAAUUAAACUACACAAGCAUAA